AUGUCGAAGUCUUUUGGUUGCGAAGAGACGUCAUCUUCACAUAAAGCAAAUAUUUCAUUAGUCGAUCGUAAUAUCUUUGGUUCUUUAAACAUGACCCAACAUGCUUGGACCAUCGCGGACCUGCCUCAUCGUAGUUGGAAGUUAAAGUAUUUACCAGAUGAAUUUCGGGCGGAAGAUAUAAAGGAUGAAAGCCAUCCUUACUUCAGUUUAUUACAAGUUUUCGACACAUUACGGGAUACAAGUUAUACGACGGAUGAUAUUCCGGUGCUUUCCAUAUUGGAACCCAAAUUGAAACAGAUCGGCAAAAUCAUUGAUAAACUGAUCGACUUGCCCGGUCCUUAUGCAAAGGGCAUUUUCGAUUUCACGGCCUUGUCAGCUUACGUUCACACCAUAAAUGACAUAUGGUCAAAGAAGAAUCAACUAUAUUUAACUCCGAUAUGGAGGGAACCAUUAGGGGGUGCCAUAAGUGAUUGUUUUGAUGGUGAAAUAAUUGAAAUUAAUUUUCUCACAACGCUGAUUCAGACGAGUAUAAUAUUGGAUUGGUGGCUUGGAAAACCUCAAUUCGAUUUUUGGAUCGGCAUCAUUGACCUAAAUUUCGAUACAUUUCCAACUCAAUUAGAGGCCUAUGUUCAUUGGUACAAUGCGGUAUUUUUUCCUGACUAUAGUGGGGCAAAGCGCACCCAACCGAAGGAAAUUGAAAAGAAGGACAAUUCAAUGUCGGUUGAUAAUGAACACAGUGAAAGCAGCAGUGACAGCGAGGAGGAAAUAGAUAUUAUGGACCACAUCGAUAAAGAAAAGGAGCAACCCAACAAAAAAAUGUUUAUGCGCAUCCCUCAUGUUACUUCCUCUAGUGACGAAUGGAGUGGUUCGGAUGAUUUUUAA